GCAUCUAUGCUCUGCUGAUCUCCACGCACUAGACAGACUUGUUCCUCUUUCAGGAGCCAUUCCAUCGAUCGAUCGGCCAUGGCUAGUGCUGCUCUCCUGGUGCUCUGCUGCAUCGGCAGCAUGCUGAUAGUUUCGUCGUCGGCGCAUCAUCCCAGCAACGACGACAUGUCCAUCGUGGGUUACUCGCCGGAGGACCUGUCGUCGCACGGGAGGCUGACGGAGCUGUUCGAGCGGUGGCUUUCCCGGCACGGCAAGGCGUACGCGAGCCUGGAGGAGAAGCUCCGGCGGUUCGAGGUGUUCAAGGACAACCUGCAGCACAUCGACGAGACCAACCGCAGGGCCGAGAGCAGCAGCUACUGGCUGGGGCUCAACGCCUUCGCCGACCUCACGCACGACGAGUUCAAGGCCGCCUACCUUGGCCUUGGCCUCGAGGACCGGAUGCAGAGCAGGAGCGGCGCCGGGGCGUUCAGGUACGAGGGCGUCGACGCGGCGUCCCUUCCAAAGUCGGUGGACUGGAGGAGCAAGGGCGCGGUGACCGGCGUGAAGAACCAGGGGCAGUGCGGCAGCUGCUGGGCCUUCUCCACGGUGGCGGCGGUGGAGGGCAUCAACCAGAUCGUCACGGGCAACCUGACGGCGCUGUCGGAGCAGGAGCUCAUCGACUGCGACACCAGGGGUGGCAACCACGGCUGCAACGGCGGCCUCAUGGACAGCGCCUUCUCCUACAUCGCCCGCAGCGGCGGCCUGCAUACGGAGGAGGAGUACCCCUACCUCAUGGAGGAAGGCACCUGCCAGCACCAGCGCAGCAAGACGCCGGCGGCCACCAUCUCCGGGCACGAGGACGUUCCCCGGAACAACGAGCAGGCGCUGCUCAAGGCGCUGGCGCACCAGCCCGUGAGCGUCGCCAUCGACGCCUCCGGGAGGAACCUCCAGUUCUACAGCGGCGGCGUCUUCGACGGGCCCUGCGGCACGGCGCUGAACCACGGCGUCGCGGCCGUCGGCUACGGCAAUGGCGGCUCCAAACACGACGACUACAUCAUCGUCAAGAACUCCUGGGGCACGACGUGGGGCGAGAAGGGGUACAUCCGCAUGAGGCGCGGCACCGGCAAGCGCCACGGACUCUGCGGCAUCAACAAGAUGGCAUCCUACCCGACCAAGAACUAAACCUAUUAAACGAUCAUUGCAUUUCAUUUCCAGGAUACUAGAGACGUCUUCAUUAUUCAUCACUCGUUGCUUGCAUUGCUGUGGCUAGCUGUUCCUAUGAUGUGGACGGACAUUGGUAUGGAAUACAUACGUGGACAUGCUCACAUGCUUCUAUUUAUCUAUCUA